CCACCAUCAGCCACCGUAGCCACCACACAGACAAGUCAACCUCACCGAGGAGAAGAGAAGAAAAGAGAAGCGAGAAGAUGUCGGGCCGUGGCAAGGGAGGCAAGGGGCUCGGCAAGGGCGGCGCCAAGCGCCACCGGAAGGUCCUCCGCGACAACAUCCAGGGCAUCACCAAGCCGGCGAUCCGGAGGCUGGCGCGUCGGGGCGGCGUGAAGCGCAUCUCGGGGCUCAUCUACGAGGAGACCCGCGGCGUGCUCAAGAUCUUCCUCGAGAACGUCAUCCGCGACGCCGUCACCUACACCGAGCACGCCCGCCGCAAGACCGUCACCGCCAUGGACGUCGUCUACGCCCUCAAGCGCCAGGGACGCACCCUCUACGGAUUCGGAGGCUAGGCCGCCACCACCACCAGAUUAGGAGCUAGCCCAUGUGUAGGGUUCGUGGUCCUCGUUGUAAUCGCAGUAUCUCGCUGUUGUUCGCUGUGUUCUGUAGGAUCGAAUGGAAUGGAAUUGAAAUUAAACUAGUUCGUCGUUGAAA